CGCUUCAUUUCGUCGCUCCAGCUGCUGCACUGGUGCACGUGCUCGGCGCCGCGCCACCAUGGGCUUCAGCUUCCUCCCCGUGAUGGAGUACCUCUCGCGCCGCGCCUUCCACGCCGCCGGCCUCUGCCCCCACACCGUCACCCUCCCCUGCGACCCCGGCGAGGGCGGCGGGGCUCGAACGAUCCACUACUGGGCGCCGCCGGGGGAGCCGCGCCUGCCGCCGCUCCUCCUCAUCCACGGCUUCGGGCCCAUGGCCACAUGGCAGUGGCGCCGACAGGUGGGCCCCUUCUCCCGCCGCUUCCACGUCGUCGUCCCGGACCUGCUCUGCUUCGGCGGCUCCUCCCCAUGCCCCUCCUCCCCGGCGCCCUCCGAGUCGGCGCAGGCCGCCGCGCUGGCCGCGCUGCUCGACGCGCUCCCGGGCCUCGCGGCGACGGCGCGCGUCGCCGUGGCCGGCACGAGCUACGGCGGGUUCGUGGCCUACUCCCUGGCGCGCGCGGCGGGGCCCGCGAGGGUCGGCCCCGUGGUGAUAUCCAACUCCGACCUGCUCAAGACGGCGGAGGACGACAGGGCGUUCCUCGAGCGCGCCGGCGGCGAGUGGGCGAGCGCGGCGGACUUGCUCAUGCCGCUGGACGCGCGCACGGCGCGGCGGCUCAUGGAGCUCUCGUUCUACCGGAAGCAGGUCACCUCCAUGCUGCCGGACUUCCUGAUCAGAGAGGGCGUGCAGAGACUUUUCAGCGAUAAGAGGGAGGAGAAGAUCGAGCUUAUGAAGGCCAUCACUGUAGGGACAGAUGAGUUCCAACUUACACCCUUGGAGCAGGAUGUUUUGCUCGUCUGGGGAGACCAUGACCAGAUAUUCCCUGUGGACAAGGCAUUCGCUGUCAAGAGGUGCUUAGGAGAGAAUGUGAGGUUGGAAAUCUUCAAGGAAACAGGGCAUGUGCCGCAGAUGGAGGACCCGAAUCGGUUCAACGAGGUCGUCUUGGACUUCUUGCUUGCCUCUCAAAAGUCCCCAAACCAGCAUGAUCAGUAGUUCAAAUGGUCAGCUCCGUCCUGAAUCCAGAGUACCACAGAGCAUUCCUGAACUUGAAUAUCCCCAUACAAAGUUUGCAGGAAUUUUGCUAUACAUAUGACAAUGCUCCAAGUUGUUCAGUAAUGUUGCUAGUGCAUCAUACAUUAUAUGUUGUAAACUAGUAUAUGCUUCAGCCAAUAACACCACCUCACCCUUCAAGCAGCAAGAAUGCUUGGAUCCAUUCAGGACGCAGUAACAAGUACAGUGGCAGAGAAGAACCAUCAAAUUCUGACCUUGUCAUGUAAAUUAUGUGGGUGUUUUUAUAAGACGAUUUUCAUUGAACCUAUAUGCUGACUGUGCAGAUCCAGGAGGCUUUGCUUCUUAAAACGAAUUGUGCCUAAACGGCUGUAGUUAACAUCAAUCCUCAAAGAUUUAGAAGCCAAAGCGAUAUGCUUCUUAAUGUUUAUUUUCC